AUGGUGAGUGUUUCGCUUGCAGUAGUGCUGCUGGUGCUGGCGACGGCACCACAAACCAUCGGCGAAAUACCGAUGGACGAGUCCGACCACGAGCAGCUGCUUUCGGUAGUGCCCUGCAUUAGGCGGCUGUGCGAGAAGUACUUUCGCUCGGAACGCGCCAUGAAGGGUUCGCUGGCGAUCAUCAACAUCAAACCGGAUGCGUCCGCUUUCCAGCAGCACAUUCUGCGCUCGUUCAACGAAGAUCCGCGCCACGAGCUGGGCGUGAUGGUGAAGGACGCGAGCCGACCGCACUGGAACGCAUCGCACGUGACGGAGAAGGCAAAGAACUAUCUGAUGCUGAUAGCGGACUCGUCCGCGCUGGCCGCCCCGAUACGGCAGCUGCGCCGGCUGCCGACGUGGAACCCGCUCGCACAGGUGGUGGUUGUGUUUACGGCCGAACUAACGCCGCUCGUGUUCGAGAUCGAGGUGCGCAAUGUGCUGCAGGAGCUGUUCGACCAUUCGGUGCUGAACGUGAACGUGAUGGUGCAGCGGUACAAUACGUCCGUGCUGGAGGUGUGGACCUGGUUCCCGUACGAGAGCGGUGGCUGUGCGGACAAUAUCGACCGGUUGCGGCUGGUCGACGAGUGUGAGUACGCGUUGCAGGAGGCCGACCCGGAGCACAACGUGCGGGCCGCGUGGGUGUACCGCGAGCGGCACUACUUCUCCGACUAUGGGCCAAAGAUACCGAAGUACUACCACUACUGUCCGCUCAAGGUGUCGACCAGCAUCUGGGAACCGUUCGUGGUGGGGAAUGCGAGCCACAUCGAGAAGGGGCUGGAGGUGCUAAUGCUGGACGCUAUUACUGCCCGGAUGCGGCUGGUACCGGUAUUUAGCGUAAUCGAAUCGGCACUUACCACGGCCCGCAUCACGGCCGACAACCAGACGGGUUUGUACGCGGAUGUGCUGCAGCGCCGCACCGAUCUGAUGGUCGGCGGGUUGCACGAGAACCCGAUCAGUCGCAAGCUGCUGUCGGCCACCAUACCGUACUACCAGGACGACCUGACGUGGUGCGUGCCGACGGCACGGCACGCACCCAAAUGGCUGAACGUGUUUAUCAUCUUCAACGUGUGGACGUGGUUGAUCGCGAUCGGGAUCAUCUUUGCCGCGGCCGCACUGCUGUAUCGCUUCAAUUACGUCGAACGGUUGUAUCGGGUCAAUUAUACGUGGAUGCUGCUGCAGUCACUAGCGUUCUCGCUGAGCGUGUACGCACACUACUGGCCACGGCGCGUCUCCAUACGGCUCUUCCUGAUCGGGUACAUGUUUUACGGUUUGCACUGGAACGCGGCCUACCACAGCUUCCUGAUCUCGGUGUUAACGCGCCCCCGGUUCGAGCCCCAAAUCGCCACCAUCCAGCAAGCGAUCCAGGCCGGGUUUGGGUUUGCGGGAGCCGAAAAUACACUCGGCCAGUUCGACAAACCGGAUGCAAACUCGCGCCACAUUGCCGCUAACUAUCGGGUGUGCAAAAACCUGGACGAAUGUCUCGGCCGGCUGCGGAUCGAACGUACGAUCGCGAUCGCAAUGAGUCGUGCCCACUCGAGCAACAGCCGGGCGAUCGGUGAGGCGGAGCUGUAUUGCUUUCCGAAGGUCGAAAACAUCUACACCUACUCGGUGAGCAUGCUGGCGAAGAAGGACUUCCAUCUGCUGCCGAAAAUAAACGAGCUCAUCCGGCGGAUCAGCGAGUCGGGGCUGCUGGGCAAAUGGCAGAAGGAGAGCGAAAAGAUCCGCAUCGAUCAGGAUGAGGAGGAUGGGACCGGCGGCGGUGGGGAGAAGAACGGAGAAGGACAGACCAUUCUGCGGUUGGAUCACAUAGAGGGUGCGUUUUAUUUGGGGGCUGCUGGGCUGAUCCUCGCACUGAUCGCUUUCAUCGGCGAGGUGUUAUACUAUCGGGCGAAGCGGCGCUAUCGAUGGCGAGACAAUCUGCUCGAUCGGUUCCUUCUGUAA